AUGACGAAUACACUCUUUCCUAAUCACAAAAUGCAGUAUGUUACUCUUUCUAGCAAAGAUUAUGUCGCAUCUGAGAUUAGCCCAGUGGCUGAAUCAUCGCUAUCUCCUAACAAAGGCUGUGUAUAUUACAGCUGUAUACCUGGAUCAGUAUCACUUGCACGCAGGAACGUGCGGGCCGUGCUGAGGCAGGCGGGCCUCUCCCUCCCGGCCCUGCUGCGGGCCGUGCUGAGCGGGCAAGCCCGGCCUGCGGGCCCUGACAGCGCCGGCUCUCGUUUACCCCCGUGUUUCUCUGGGACGCCAGCUGGAGGGCAGCGGGUUCUAUUCAGCCUUGAUCGCAUUCCCAGAAGCCGGGAGGUUAGACAGUCUUGGAUCUCCUCUGUGGUAACAACACUGUACUCCGUGCUGUACUCUCUUCCUCUGACCUACAAACGGAAACCAGAUUUGAUACUGUGCAAUGGACCAGGAACAUGUGUUCCUGUCUGUUUAUCUGCUUUUCUUCUUGGCCUUCUUCGAAUAAAGAGAACAAUCAUCGUGUAUGUAGAGAGCAUCUGCCGUGUGGAAACUUUAUCCCUGUCAGGAAAGAUUCUUUACUACUUUUCAGAUUAUUUCAUUGUUCAGUGGCCUGAUCUAAAGAAAAAAUAUCCCAAGUCAGUAUAUCUUGGUCGAAUAGUGUAACAACAGAAGAUAAGCUAAGCUUUACCUGAAAUAGACUCUGCAAGCUCCUCACUUGCAUUCCUGUAGUAAUUUAUUUCCAAUAAUUCCUGUUAAGAAAUUAGGCUGGUACUUUAAAAUGAGACAAUAAAGAUUUCUCUACAUCUAAGUAAAA